CGUCCAUCGCGCUGGCAUCUGGGAAGGAGAGAAAAUGGCGUCCGAGCCUAGCAAGACCGAAAUCCAGACCCUUUUUAAGAGGCUUCGCGCAAUUCCGACCAACAAGGCCUGCUUCGACUGUGGCGCCAAGAAUCCGAGUUGGGCCAGCAUCACGUACGGUGUUUUCUUGUGCAUUGACUGCUCCGGGGUGCACCGCUCCCUGGGUGUCCAUCUCAGCUUCAUCAGGUCCACAGAGUUGGAUUCCAACUGGAACUGGUUCCAGCUGAGGUGUAUGCAGGUCGGCGGGAACGCCAGUGCGACAGCUUUCUUCCGCCAACAUGGAUGCACAGCCAGCGAUACCAACACCAAGUAUAAUAGCCGAGCUGCCCAGAUGUACCGUGAAAAGAUCCGGCAACUGGGAAGUGCUGCCAUGACUAAGCAUGGCACUGAUCUUUGGAUCGACAGCAUGUGUAGUGCUCCCAGUCACUCCCCAGAGAGGAAGGACUCUGAUUUCUUCGUGGAACACACACAACCCCCUGCCUGGAAUGCACCAGCUACCGACUCAGCAGAGACCCAGCAGCCAGUCCUGUCUGCAGAGAGUAGUGGAUUGGCACAGCCGGAGCAUGGCCCCAACACGGACUUGCUUGGCACCUCACCCAAAGCUUCCCUGGAAAUGAAAACCUCCCUCAUUGGCAAGAAGAAGCCAACAGCAGCUAAGAAAGGGCUGGGUGCCAAGAAAGGCCUAGGGGCCCAGAAGGUGAGCAGCCAGAGCUUCAGCGAGAUUGAGCGGCAGGCCCAGGUGGCAGAGAAGCUCCGUGAGCAGCAGGUGGCUGAUGCCAAGAAGCAGGCAGAGGAGUCCAUGGUUGCCUCCAUGCGUCUGGCCUACCAGGAGCUCCAGAUUGACCGGAAGAAGGAGGAGAAGAAACUACAGAACCUGGAAGGGAAGAAGCGAGAGCAGGCAGAGAGGUUGGGCAUGGGCUUGGUGUCUCGAAGCUCUGUCUCCCACUCGGUGUUGUCUGAGAUGCAGGUGAUCGAGCAGGAAACCCCAGUGAGUGCAAAAUCCUCCCGCUCGCAGCUGGACUUGUUUGACGAUGUUGGUACUUUCGCCUCUGGACCCCCAAAGUACAAGGACAACCCCUUUUCCUUGGGGGAAAGUUUUGGUUCCCGCUGGGAUACAGAUGCCACCUGGGGUGUGGACAGGAUGGAGGAGAAGGAGCCGGAAGUGACCAUCUCAAGCAUCCGGCCUAUUUCAGAAAGAGUCACAAACCGGAGGGAAGUGGAGAACCGGAGCUCGGGCCUCGAGUCCAGUGAAGCACGUCAGAAAUUUGCAGGAGCCAAAGCCAUUUCAUCUGACAUGUUCUUUGGGCGGGAGGUGGAUACUGAGUAUGAAGCUAGGUCUCGGCUACAGCAGCUCUCAGGCAGUAGUGCCAUCAGCUCUUCAGACCUCUUUGGGGACAUGGAUGGAGCUCAUGGAACAGGUAGCACCCCAGAGGUGUGGGUACCAAGCAAGGCCUGUGAGCAGAGCUGGAGGGCCCAGUGGACUGGGCAGGGCUUCCUGCAGGCCUCUGGGUCACCCCUUCCCUUGCUUUUACAGGUAGCGUAUCACUGGGGAAUGUGCUCCCUACGGCUGACAUUGCCCAGUUUAAGCAGGGUGUCAAGUCUGUGGCCGGGAAGAUGGCUGUGCUGGCCAAUGGUGUGAUGAAUUCUUUGCAGGAUCGCUAUGGUUCCUACUGAUCCAAGCUCCAUGGCUCAGGCACAUGGUGGUGACAGCAGCAAAACCCCCAUGAUUACCAGGCCAGGGCUGCUUGCCUUGUGGAAGCUGGGGAGGAAUUGUUACUUAUGUGUGGUUUGUGAGUGGGGUGGCCUUUGAAGAUCUCUGGUGAGGGGAUGGGUGGUACCAGCCCUUGACCUCUGCCUGUAGAUCCAGCCCUUUAUUGUCCUCCCUCACACCUUCUCCCCUGUGCUAGAUUAUUGUCCUUCCGUCCUGCUCCCACAGCUGCUGCUCACUGUCCUGCCACGCUGGGAGUGAGGGGAGGGCAGCUCCUCAGGAUGGCACAUUCUGGGUCCAGCCCUUCCCCAAGUAGGGAAAGUGACGUAUAAGGCUUUUUUGCCAGCUCUAGGAUCCUUCCAGGUUGUCCAGGGGUUUGGCCCCUGUCCUCUGGAACCAGUGGGGAGGUCCAGGAAGAGUUUUGGGUAGACCAGUCCCCGGAGGAGGGAGGCUCUGGACUUGCUGCUGCUGUUGCUGCUCCAGUGCCCUCUUCUGGGCCCUAGGAGAGGGCAGGGGAGGCAAAGGACCUUCAUCUGGGCCUUACUAAGGGCUAGAAACUUGACCUGGUACCUAAAGGUUUCAUUUUGGAUCAGACUGGAGGCCUGAGUGAUGAUCUGUCCCCAUCCCUUUUUACAGUGGUCACUUGGAGGAUUACUUUUCCUCCCGGGUGUCUCGGAGUCCUUCCCUACCAUCCAUGUGGACCACAAGACCCUCUGUCCCCUCCUGAGACUCUCCUUUUUCCGCCUGCUUGGGGGCCAUGGCGAGUCUCAUCUGCCCUGUGGUGUCCUGCUCUGGAUGCUGUGAGCAUAAUGCUGGCCAAGGAAGUAGAGGUCAUGAGGGACAGAAGCAGACUCCUGGGGCUCAGCUUUCUUUCUCUGCAUCAUCCUGGGUUUAGGGGGCCCUGGACAGCACCCCACCAGUGAGAGCUUGAGGUGUCUACAGAGCUGCAAGCCUCACCCCCUGGCCACUAGGCCAGGCACUGUGUCAUCCUUGGUGCCAUCUUCCCCUGCCAUGCUGGCAGUCUGGGCCCCCCUAUCCCUCCCGGUGGGUUGAGGGUCGGGGUCCCAAGCAACACAGACCACUUCCCACCCACCCCUCCCCCAAAGGGACUUGAGUUUCUUUCUGGACUAUUUGUAUUGAAACAUAGUGGUGUCAAAUAAAGCCCCGGUGGGGCCCUGGGCCCCUGUUGGUCUGAGUAAA